GACUCAAGUGUUUGAAUGAAGUCAAGUCACCGCAGUGUGGAACUUUCGUUCAUCUCACACUGCUUUUAGUUUAGGCUCUCACAGAGGACGCGCACCUCUUCAGAAACAAGUUGUGAGCCUUGUUUGAACUUUUUCCACCCUCAUUUAAAAACGGACUUUUAAAAGAUGCCAUCAGGGUGUUCUUCUCCGAAGCGGAGAUUCUGUCGUGGGGAGAAAGUUUGUCAAUAAGAACAAGACUGGAGAUUCUGCAGGAUGGAGAGCGGCACAACGAGCGAGCAGUCCAUGACGGGCCGCACCAUGGUCCCCACCAUCCCGUCCAUCAUGUUCGUAUUCGGCGUGGUAGGCAACGUCAUCGCCAUCGCGGUGCUGUGCAGGUCUCGCAAAGAGCAGAAGGAGACCACCUUCUACACGCUGGUGUGCGGUCUGGCCGUCACCGACCUCCUUGGCACCCUGCUGGCCAGCCCGGUCACCAUCGCCACCUACAUGAAGGGCGCCUGGCCCGGCGGUGAGCCCUUAUGUCAGUACUUCGGCUUCACCUUGAUCUUUUUCUCCCUGGCCGGGCUCAGCAUCAUCUGCGCCAUGUCCGUGGAGAGGUACAUUGCCAUCAACCACGCGUACUUCUACAACGAUUACGUGGACCAGAAGCUGGCCGGCGUGACUCUAGUGGCCAUCUACGUGUCCAACGCGCUCUUUUGCGCGCUGCCCGUGGUGGGCUUCGGCCGCGUUCAGAAGCAGUACCCGCAUACCUGGUGCUUCCUGGAGUGGCGGAGCAACGCGAAGAGCGAAGCGGCGUACAACUUUAUGUAUGCGGGAUUCAGCUCGGUGCUGAUUCUGGCCACCGUGCUAUGCAACGUGCUGGUGUGCGGAGCUCUCAUCCGCAUGCACCGGCGAUACAUGCGUCGGACGUCGCUGGGCACCGACUUGGCCCGCGGAAACGUGGACUCGCGCAAGAGGGGACGCAGUUUCGGGCGUCUUGCCGGUGCCGAAAUCCAGAUGGUCAUACUGCUCAUCGGCACGUCGGCGGUGGUGCUCAUCUGCUCCAUUCCACUCGUUGCUCAGGUGUUUCUGAACCAAUUGUAUAAGACGCCUGUGGAACUACGCUUGGACAAAAACCCUGACCUGACGGCCAUUCGCUUCGCCUCUUUCAACCCAAUUCUCGAUCCGUGGAUCUACAUCCUGCUACGCAAGGCUGUUUUCCGCCAGCUGGUGGAGAACAUCAAGUGCCUCGUCUGCAAGAUGGGCAUCAGAGGCCAGAAGAAGCGCGAUAACAGGAGCCUCCGCAGCUUGGACGCCGCGCCCCAUCCGCCCUCCUCGGUCGUAUCCAAGCAGGACUCACACUCACCGGUGUCUGGGGACAGCUCCCAUACAUUCUUGUACCUCCCCCAGGGAAGGGAGGCGCCCAGCAAGUGUUGCUGUCACUAUCACAAAACUGAGAGUCUUUCAUGGGCUUCGUCAUGCGAACACGGCAAUGUGGACCCAAGGACGGUGGGGGGCAAUGUGCCCCAGGCUUCCCCAGCUAAAGACCCUGGGUUACAUGUGUCACUCAGCACGAUAAACACAGAGGAAAAAUGCAUUUGAACUUGAAUUGACUUCAUAAAGGAGCCCAUGUGGAAGGAAAAACUGAGGCAUAUCUCUCAGGCAAUCAGUCAAGAAAAAUACUGUUGACAAUGAGGACUUUAACACUGUUGCCUCACAGCAAGAAGGUUUGGAAUGUUGAAUUUCCAAGUACUUCAAUCGGUGUUAAAAAAUGACUAACUAGCUACAAAGCUCACAUGUUCGGUAAUGGUUCCGUUGUGACAAAAAGGGAAAACCAUAUGUUUGUUUUUCCGUCCACUUGUUAGCUGGUAGUUACUACCUGGUUCAGAUGUUAACAUCAGCAGAACAGGACUCAGGACAUUUGAACUCUGGGAUAGAACCAUUUUUUAUUCUGGAGCAGGGGUUAAUUGGGUAAAUUUUGCGUACGUAGUUUUAUUUGUCUGUCUGUAUAUUAACUAGCUGCUGUUUAAGAUCAUAUUCUUGAUUCCAGGGACGGAAACAGUUUCAUGCUAAUGCAAAUGGUAUAACUGUAAUAAAACGUUCCUCGAAGAAAAGCAACAGAUGGAUUUCUUAUACAUAUUUUUGAAGGAUAGAACCCUAGCAUUAUUAUUCUCGGGUUGUUUCUACAUGACUAAAACAACAAACAGAGAAACAAAACUGAGACUACCUAAGAACAAUCAAAACAAUAUAUUUUGCCAUUUUAGAUCAUGAAAAAUAAUACUAAAUAUUUGCCUCUUGACUACAUCACUCAACUCUGCUGGUGUUAUUGUGAUCAAAUUUGAUAUCAUUCCACUGGAAAUGACCCACUUCUUUGUGACUCAAAUGACGGGAAAAAAAAGACACCCUUCCUCUUUUUGAGCCACCUUGUGAUAAUCAUUUUUGGACAGCUUUUUCAGCUGAAGUAGAUGAGAUCAGGCAUCAAGAAUAACAGCUGAUUCAUAAACUUGUGGUCAGCAGAAGCAGCAGUGAAUGUGAUCCUGCUGGGUGCUCUCUUUGUUUUGGAUUCUAGUGUACAGAUUUUUUGAAAAGACAUGUUAUUUCAGCUUCAUGACUAAUACGCGUUGUGCAGUUUUAUUUUUGUGGUCAACGGAAACUGUUCCUUUUUGUGCCUGUGUUGCAAUCCACGCAAAUAUUUCAUCUCAAAUAUCUGACGAAGGUAAAUGAGAUUCCAGUUUGUGACACCUAAUCAUUUACAUGUGACUGCCGGGAAUAUUCUUUCUACAAAUGUCAUAUUGGGCUUAACGUGGUAUUUACAAGUUUUUUUUUGUUCUUUUUUAUCACAUUUGUGAUGGACGUAAGUCAAGUUGGACGAUGUGGUGAAAGAUGAUGUUUUGAAUGAAGUUCUCUUGCCAAGCUCAACUCCAAGUGCAACAACGUGCUAUCGUACUCAUGAAAAUGUGUAAAGAUGAUCUCCAGCUUUUGUGAUUUGUAGUAAUACACAAUGAAUCUUAAUAUUUCGGAACAAAAUCAAAAACUUUUAGAAUUUGGUUUUACAGUAUGUUGACUUUAUAUUUGACUUUAUAUUUGUAUCGAUACCUGAGUUCAUGCUUGAACUUCCUACAAUCAGAGUAACUUAUAUUUAAGUAGCUUGUAUUUAUUUAAUAAAGGUUAUUUUUCUUUC